GCCAACACGCCAUCCCAAUGGUAUUUUUACUCUCUGCUGUCAGUGAGCUGCUUCGGUAUCUACUACGAGAACGACGGUGUGCAGACGAACUACAUCUACGAUGAGAGCACCAGCGGCAAGGGCAGCGACCAAAUCAACUCAAUGCUGGCCCAUUUUAUCGAGACAAAGCUCGUGCCGUCUGGCAAAACCAAGCUGACUGUGUACGCCGACAACUGCUCGGGCCAGAACAAGAACAACUACGUGAUCAAUUUCUUGCUGACCCUUGUGGACAUGGCCAUUUUCGAGCAUGUGGGCUUCAAAGUUUUCGUAAAGGGGCAUACGAAGAAUUCGUGUGACCAUGGCUUUGGCCACAUUCGAAAG